AUGGGGAUAGACCGGUCUCCAGAUAAAGGAGCUGCAAACAGCUCCAAUUCCUGUUGUCCGAUUUGUAACGCCGAGGUAAACGCUGCCGAGGUCUACGUAACGGCAUGCCAGCAUGAGUUUCACCGGAAGUGCAUAGAAGUUCACUGGAAAAAGAGAUUACAAUGUCCGGUUUGCAGACCCAAAGGACUUAAGGUAACGGAUGACCCGGAAAGACGAACUCGAAGUCAAUCCAGGAAUCAGCCCACCCCCGAUAACGUCGGGAGACAAACGACAGACGACAUAGCUACCACUUCAGGGUCUAUUCCCAUUUGCAGCAAUUAA